UUAAGCCUUAAAGAAACUGUAAAUCUCUUAUAUAAAUUGGCUUACUGAAGGGAAAUCCAGUCACAGCUUCAGCUAGGCAAAACAUUGUGACAGACAAAAUGGUCUCUAGUGGUGCGAAAGUUCUUGUCCAAUGGCUACUGCUGGCCAUUUGCUUGAUGGCUCUGGUGGGCGGAGGCAGUGCUACUACCUUGUGCAAUAUUGACCCCAGCAAGCUCUUUGACUGCCUCCCUGCGGUGAGUGGCGAAUCACCGCCGCCGCCAAACGAGAGUUGCUGUUCUGUCAUUCACCACGCGAACUUGACCUGUUUGUGCGACUACAAGGCUGCCCUCCGUGCUCUUAAAAUCGACCCUGCACACGCCGUGGAACUGCCUAAGAAGUGUGGCCUCAACAAGCCGUGGAAAUGCAACGUGCUUUGAAGCACAUCUCAGGAUCGUCAGAUGCGCGCAAAUGUUUGUAUUUCGGCUUUUCGAGAAUUUUCGUUUUUGGAUCAGCAGCUGUUUUCUCUGCAUGAUUUGCAUUGUGUUCGUCUUUAUCGCUCACCUAAGUUUGCUGUUCAUUUGUCGUGUAAUUUCAUCAGUUUCUUUUCUUGGAAU